UACAUAUUUAAUAUUAAAUUUUCCAAAGUUUCAAAUAAGUAGAUUUAAAUAUUAUUAUUUAAUUUUAAAUGGACUUUUUUUUAAUAAUUCGUAUGACUAUUUUCAUUUUUGUACUGAAACCAGAUAAAGCAGAACAAAACGUAGAUUAUCAUUGGCAUUAUAAAAAUUUCAUCAAAACAGUGACUGAUCACAUUCGUUCAAGUAUUGAAUCAAAUGAAAUACGAAAUCUAAUAUUGAAAUUAGAUUCAAAUUAUACUAUUAAAUUAGAGGAAGCUUUCCAGUCCGACUUGUACCUGAAUAAUUUCAGAUAUAACUAUUCUAAUACAAUAAGUGUACUCAAUUUCAAGUACACAGGAAUACUAAAAAUAUUCCUCAAUUACUUAGAUAUUAUUCUUCAACAAUGUAAGCAAUUUCGUGAUGAAAAUUUAUGGGAAAAUUUUAUUUGUUGUAUAACAUCACUUGUAGAAGAAGUGAAAAAUUCCCAGACUAUGUUGGACAACCUCUACAACGUUAUGAAGUAUAUAAGCGACAUAGAUGUAAGAUAUUUGUUUCAAGGAAAAAAUGUUCCAAAUGCUAUAGUUGAUGAAAUUGAUUUUUUUAAACAAUUUGUCUUACAAUAUACAUCAGAGACUGUAUCUUUUGAUCUCAAUAGCUUACCAAAUCUUAAAGAUUCUGAAACGAAAUUUAAGAAUUUAAAUGAGUUUUAUACAGAAGCAUCAGAAAUAGUAAACAAUAUGUUUCAAAAUAGUAAUGUCAUCGACACAUCUGUAGAAACUAAUUCGAUAACAAAUCAAAUUAACGAAUGCACUAAUGAAAACGACUCUUACUUAGUUUAUUUAACAUGUAGUAAUCUUAAUGCGUUUUAUAACAAAACCAUAGAAAUUUGGUACAAAAACCUUGACUUUGAAGAAUUUCUAAAACCCAAAAUACCUCAAUUCAUACCUCCAAUAGAUCUAGAUAUAAAUCAAAAUGAUGGAAUUAAAGCUCUCAAUAUUCUUCGUCAGGAAUCUGGUUGGAAAACAAUGAAUCACAUACUAAUAAUUUAUAAUGGUAAACAAUUCAGUGUAGAUUUUAUUAUGAAAGACGAAAUUAAUAACAUUAAUUUUCGAGUGAAAAAAGAACAUGUAAUACAAUUAUUAAGAUGCAGGUAUACAGAAAUAAUGAAAAAUUACGAAAUAUUAUUAUCUACCGUAGUACAUAUAUGCAACAAAAGUGUACCACCGUACUAUCAAAAUUGUUUGAUUGAAUUAUUUGACUCACUCAAUAAAUCAAAAAGAAUGUUUGAUGGAUUGAAUAUGGCUAUAAAUACUUUAAAUAAUUCAUCAAUAUGGAGUUUAAGUAAUCACUCUCAUUCUAGUUUGCAGAAAAUAUUGAAAUGGAAUACAGAUUUUCUUAAUUUAUUGAAGAACAAUGAAUUUUCAAGGUGUGAACUAGGUAAUAAUAUCAUAAAAAAUGAAGGAAAAAAUACAGAAAAGUUAAAAAAACUACGAAACAUUCUAUCAGAGUUUCGUGAUAACUUCUAUAAAGAAUUAAGAUCCGAAAUGAGUCGUAUGAAUGACCGAUGUGUUAUGAGAAAACCUUUUAUUGAAAAAUUUAAAAUAAUGAAUGAUAUAUUGUUAAUGUCUACUUAUCCAUAUUCAAACCAAAUAUAUCUUAAUGCAAGUAAUUAUUUUGGCAUAUAUUGUGAGAAUGUUUACAAAAAUUGUUAUGAAGAUCUAGGUUUUGGAAAAAUUCAGAAUCUCAACACUAGCUUACACGACAGAUAUAUUUAAUUUAUUGUGCAAUGAAUAAAUUAUUUAUCCACAUUGCAAUUUGAAUUUAAAAUAACUACGCCUAUACUCUUACUAAAAUAUAAUGUUUUUAAUAUUUUUA